AUCGUAAGCAUAUCCUCUCCCCAUUCAGAUAUUUCAGGCCUUUAACCGCUGCCCAAAAGAAGGAAAACACAACAAUAAGAAACCCUAAAGCCCCAAUUCCCCAUCCAUUCGCAGGAGAGGCAAACCCCCCUCACCCCCUCCUCAUGGCGCUCCAAUUCGCCUCCGUUCUCGAUUUCUCAAGGCGACGCCGGCGUUGGCUCCUCCUCGCCGCAGCCGUCGGCGUCUCCGGCUACGGCGCCUACCGGUUUUACCACCUUCCCUCCGUCUCCCGCAAGCGGAAGCAGAUCGCGAAGCUCGUCGGCGCAUUCGUCUCCUCGUCCGACUCCGUAUCCUCCGCCGCCGAGGUACUCGGGCUCGUCUCUUCCGACCUGAAUCGGUUUCUCCGAUCGGAUGCCGAUGAGAUUCCCGCCAGCCUCAGACAAUUGGCCAAGAUCGCCCUGUCGGAAGAGUUCUCCGGGUCGGUCUCUAGGGUUUCGGAAGCUGUCGCGGUCGGUAUGGUUCGAGGGUUCAGUUCCGCCUCGAACCACGGAGAAAAGAACGAGUCGGCGUUGAGUAGCUUCUCCGACCGCUUCUUUGAGAAGCUCUUCUCCCCCGCGGGUUCUGGAUUCGCUUCCGUGGUGGUCGGCAGCUUCGCGAGGAACUUGGUGAUAGGCUUCUAUUCCAAAGGAGAGGCUGGUGGUGAUGAAUCGGUUGAUCGGGCGGACAAGGCAGCCGUCCCAGAGUGGUUCCGUUUGCUUUCCUGUGAUGAUUCUAGGAAGCUCAUUGCGGAUUUCAUUCAGCGAUUCGUGAGCACUGCUGUCACAGUCUACCUUGAGAAGACGAUGACGAUAAAUGCCUACGAUCAGAUCUUCUCCGGCUUUACGAACCCCAAGCACGAGGCGAAGGUGAAGGACAUCUUGGUUUCGGUUUGCAAUGGGGCUGUUGAAACCCUGGUCAGUACUUCCCAUCGAGUGAUGACCAAUCGAGGCCUAUCGACCCCCUCGGUGGACAGAGCAGGUGGUGUUGCACAGGAAGGGGAAUGGGAUAAAAAUUAUCGUGACAAAACCAGUUCCUUGGAUGAGAAUGAAGCUAACAGCAGUGCUGGCUGGGUCGACCGAGUCUCUUCGACAUUAGCAGUUCCCAGUAACAGGAGGCUGGUUCUCGAUGUCACAGGCAGAGUGACAUUUGAGACUGUGAGGUCUUUUCUUGAUUUCCUAUCAUGGAAAUUGUGUGAUUCUGCCAGGAGAGGUGUUAAGGUUGCUCGCGAGGAAGUGGUGGAAAGGGCUGUUGAGGUUGUGAGGUAUGUCAGUGGCAAAUCAAUGGCCUUAUUCACUAUAUGUCUCACCUUGUGCUUGCAGUUAUGUGUUGGAACAAGACUCUUGACACCGGUUUAAGUUUCUUGUGAUUGUAACAUCAUUUUAGCCUAUGUAACUGAAGCAUGUAAGGAUCACUGCUCUAAUAAUGCUUGCAAACAGAACAUGUUUCUAUAAAAAAAAAUGAUAUUGAUAUGGUUUUUUUCGCUGCAGUUCA